ACUUUCUUCCUCAUAAUUGAGUCCCAUAACGGUAUAGCCGGUCAAAAAAAAAAAUGCAAUCUAAAAGUCAAAAGCUCUGAAAAGCACUUGAUUCAAUGCGAUUUUUGUCGCCAUUGGCUUUAGACAAUUUGCGUUCAGUGCAUCGGAAUCGAAAAUCGGUGAAAUGUCAAAACUCGUGUGUCAUUUCGUGCAUUUGUGUGUAUGUAUGUAUUAGUGAACUGGGUAUUUGUUUUUAAUUGGCGAUAUGUCAAAACACUGAAUUCAUACUCUCCGUGUGAUUUUUGAUUCGAUGUGGAAAGUUCAAUUGAAAAAUCUCGCAAUAAAUUAGUUAUGUUUUUAUACGAAUUGUUUUUAAUAAAACCGGAUUUGCGACAUGAGGAAACCAUCGUUCAGACGGCUAAUUGUUUUGAAUACUUGAGCAAUGUAGUGAAUGAGGUUUUUGAUAAAGUUGAUGCUCGUAUCGAGCGUAACAAUGCAAAAAUUCGUUUGCUCAAUGAACGAACAGCAGCGGUGAAGAAUAAGAUCGAUAGCCUGGUGGGUAUUAAUAAGGCAAUAACAAUAUUUUCACCAUCAAAAUAUCCCGGUGGAGCAGUGGCCGAAGAUGUGGAAGCAACAUUUUCACCGUUGAACCGAAAAAAGAUCGAAAUGACCACCGAUUGCACGAUUCUCAGCAAACCAGAUACGAUUUCCGAUCGAUCAAUCGAUGAAAAGUUGGUGUUUUAUCAUGUAAAAAAGCCACCAAAACAAAAUCCAAUGAACAAACCAUAUCCAACGGGACCGAGACCAUUCCCAUAUUACACCGAAUCGAUAAGCAAUCUAUUGUUAUUCAAUGAACCGAAAAUUAUGUUUGGCCGAAGCAGCAUGAGCACUCCAACGAAACCACGAACUCAAAAAUUAUCGGAUAUCCGUAGUCCAGAGAAACCAGGCUCGAAAAUCGAUAACAUUCCAUUGCCAGUGCUCAAUCGGAAUUUGGGCGUGAAAAAAAUCAACGAAAACCUAUUCUAUACUCCGAAUAUUACAAACGCACCCGAAUUAGAUGUGCCAACAUAUCUGCCGGACUUACCGGGCAUCGCUGGUGAUAUUGAGUUUAAUAUUAGUAACAUUGAUGAUUUGCUCAUUGUGCCAUCGCAGACAAUGAGAAUCGACGUUCCACACCUACCGCCGGUGCCUUCAAAUGAACCAGAAACAAGUAACAAAGCAACGCAUCAAACGCAAGAAGUUAAAACGGUGACAAUCGAAAAAGCAAGAGAAGAAUCUCGACCGAUGGAGAAAACUUGUAUUAGUCAAACUGCAUCGGUAGCCGUACCAGCUGCUGCUGCAGCACCGCCACCACCACCUCCUCCACCACCACCGCCGCCUCCGCCACCAGCACCACCCGCUGCGGUCACUCAGGCACAGCCUGACACAAACCGCAAAGAUGGUGCUCGCGAAGUUGUCAAAAGUGAACCAUUACCAAAGCCAAGAUUCGAAGAAGAGAACCCACAUAGCACACUGAUGUCAGCCAUUCGACAAGCUGGAGGCUUGGGCAAAGCCAAACUCAGAGCAACGGCAUUGAAAGCAGACAAACCGAAACCGGCAGCAGCAGCUGCCUCAUCACCUUCUGGUGAUCUAAUGGCAGAUCUUCAUAAGAAAUUAGCAAUGCGUCGCAAAGGCAUUUCGGGCGCUAAAGAAAAUGGUGCGCAAUCAAACAUUCCGGCUACCGCAGUUGUGGCCCCAAGUUCAAAUCUAAUGGAUAGCAUAUCGUCGAUGAUUCCAGCGCCACCAAAGCCCGAAACAAAUACGGAUCGCAGUGACGAUGAUUCCGAUUGGGAAUAGCGUGUUUGUUUGUACAUAUUUUUGUUUUCAAGGCGAUCAUUGCAAUAAUCUAUUGAACAUGUUCUAAACAAGAAUCACAUUGAAUAAUUAUAAAUAGUUUCUGAGAAAUAUCAAUUGUUCCUAAGCGUUGGUCAAUUUAAAAAAAAAAAGAAGAAAAUUGUUAAAGUUUUUUUUUUUCAUUUUGUAAAAUGGAAGGGCCAUGCAAAAUCGGUAUGGAUUUAAAUAUAUAUAUACAAAAAAAUAAAUUUAUUUGAAAAAAAAAAAAAUACAAUUAAAGAGAGAAAAAAAAACGUAAUUAAGUACAAUUUUGGAAAGAAUAAACAGAGUUGCGUUUUUA